AUGGAUGAGACUGGAAACAUACGGAAAAGGUUUGCACGCCAAACUUACUCUGUCCUUUUGAUUUUUUUGGCCAUAGCUUUUGUCCAGUGGAUUAUAGUCUCAUUGGUGGAAAGAUGUCGUAAGAUAUUCCGACAUUUUGAGAUAUACUGCUCGGCCACCUGUUCCGUAGCUGGCAUACUUUUCACCAUGUUUGUUUUCAAUGAAAAUCUGCGUAGCAAAAAGAUUUUCAGCCGAGCUGUGGCUUUUCUGAUAGUGGAACUGCUUGUAUUUUCGAUGUUCGUGCUAAUUGCCCGAACUUGGAUCCCAGAUCAGAUGGCCUUCUACUUUUUCUGCGUACUCCUAAUGGUUGUAGCUCUGAUCGUUGGCUGUCAUCUUUCCUUUACGAUGGAUAUGACGCAGUACAUAGCUCCGCUUUUCCUCAUGAGCUUUAUACUUGUCACAAUCUCGAUUUAUUUUCUGGUGGUAAAUAACUUUAUGGAAAAGCUAAAGCCUUAUGCCUAUCUGAUCUUCGAGAUUUGUCUUACCAGUGUGAUGACAUUGAGUGUCAUGCUGCAUGCGCAAACAAUUAGUGGAGAUCGGAUGGUCCAGAUGAGCUCGGAUGAUUCUCUAUUGGCCGCCUUGUUCCUUUUCAACGAGUUUCUGGCCGUGUACGCCAUGACUUUCUACUGGCAGAUCAACUAUAACUAUUUCACGUCCACUGAUUUCUUAUGGAUGUCGACAAGUACCAAGCAUUCACAUGACACAACCCCCGUAAAUUCGGACUAUGACUAUGAUAUGACGCCUGACGGUCAAGAAUGGGGAAUUCAAAAUGACACAAACUAUGAUUGGGCUAAGGAAAUGGUACACAGAUAA